AUGCCAGGUACUCGUCCAAUGUCAUUCCUUGAUUUAUUGAUAAACGAUGAUGAAAGUGUUCAUGAAAAACUUCAUCGUGUACCACGAGCACACGCUACAGAUACUGAUGAAGAGCAAGACAUUUCUACAUAUUCAUCAUCUAACAGUGGCAAAGAAAAGGAGGAAAAAGCGACGGUUCAUGAAGAUGAUGAUGAUGAUGAUGAUAAUGAUGAUAAUGAUUAUAAUAAUGAAAAUGAGAAAGAUAACAAUGAUGGUUCGAAUAUUUUCGAUCAUAUAUUUCAUUCAUUCCGAGGAUUAUUUCAUGAUCAUCAUAAUCACCAUAAAAAAGCUAUGACUAAAUCGAUCAGAGUGCAAUUGACGGAUACGAAAAAACAUCACGAAGAAAUGGUAUCAUCGCCAUCACAUGGCCAAAUGAUAUUUCGCAUUCUAUCAAUGCCAAAACAUACUGAAACUAAAGUGUUCAAAGUUCAUUCUGGUUCGGUUGACAAAAAACUGGCUGAAGAGGAAAAACAAGAUCUCUUUUCACCAUUUGCUUUUAAUGAUGAUAGUAUGAUGUUGUCACCAAUGUUAGCACACAUCUCUAAUCCGUUUAUGGCACCAAAUUCACCACUUUUUCGCUCAUUUGCCAAUACUAUGAAAACUGAUAGAAAACAAUCACCAAAAACGAGAAUAUCCGUAACAAUGUUGUUACGAAAACCAAUGGCAACACAUGAUGUCGACGAUGGUGAUAAAGACAAAAAAGAGGAUAAAGAAAGUGAAAAAACGGAAACAAAGUCAAAAAAUGGUUUAUUUUCACAAAUUCGCUCACACAAUUUAUCAUCCAAAGAUAGUGAUGAAAAGUCAGAUGAUGAUGAUGAUGAUGAUGAUGAUGAUGAUGAUGAACCGGUCACAACCAGCCCAACAACGACUACAAUAAUAACAACAAUUGAAAAAACGGGUGAAAAUGAUGAGAAAAAAGAAUCAGAUGAUCAUAGUAAUAAUGAUACCAAUGACACUGAGGACAGCAGCAGUCAAGACAAUGAUGAUAACCAAUUGGAUAAAAUUGGCAAAAAAUUCAAAAUGAUGAAGAGAUCGUUUAUUAAUCGACCACCAAAAUUAAUCUUAUUUGAUGAAAUGAAAAAUAUAAUUCAUCCGAAAUUGAUUAUGGUUAGAAAAUGA